CCGUGUGUGUGUGUGUCUGCUUAUGAGCUCCCGCUGGCUGGCUAGCUUGCACUGGCAGCAGGCAGCAGGCCCGAGACUGGCCAACAAGACCCCUAUCGUGCCGUGUUUUUUCAGCGUCGACCGUCGUGCUGCUCUUCGUGCCGUGUGAGCGUGCGGGUUCAGUUUCUUUAGAAUUUUUGUACGGCAAACAUCGCUUCGCCCGUUUUCGGUUUUCACCGUCAUUUUUCACCGUGCACACAGCCUUCUGCACGGUGAAACGCAUCCGCAAACUAAAAAAAACGAAUAGUGCGUUGAGUUCUUGAAAGGCAAGAGGCAAAAAAAAAGAAAACGAGGAGUCGCACAUUAAUCGAAAAAGAAAACCCCGGGGGUGAAACAAAAUUAAUUAUGAAUAAUCGGUGCGUUAAGUGUAGUGCAGUGCAGUGAUGACUGCUACAGUAGUGUACGACAAAUACGGCAAAGCCAAAGGAAAAUGAAAAGUGAAGCGAAAGUGAAGUGUGAUUCAUGAUAGCGUGCCCGCGGAAAAUGGAAAAUGGAAAAUAUAUAAAAAUUUAUGAUACGGUUCACCGUGAGCAGCGAAUGUGAAAAGUGAUUCCUGUGUUUUGUUUUGGAGUUUGUUUACUGCUGGUUUUUUUCUGGUCAAAAAAAAAAGAAAAGGAAAUCCCUCCAAGGUGAUGCGAAUGUGAGGAAAAAAGGAAAAUUGGAAUAUAUUUAUCAUGUGCCCUGCUGCAAGGAAGUAAAUGGUGUGCCAUUGUUGUUGUGCGUAAAGUUGCGCCCGUUUGGCGUUUGUGUUUGGUUUUGUGUUUCGUUUCUAAUAAGUGUGUGAGUGCGUGCAAAUAAAAAAGUGCAUUUGCUGAGGAUCAUUAAAAUACAGCGGAUACGCACAGCAAUCUUACCUGCCGAAACGCCGAGAAUACCGUGCGGAAGCAGCGUUGCCUACCAUCGAUAGGAGCAGCAAACUAGUAUGCUCCCGGAGGAAUAAACCCAUUGCAAGGACUCUAAGGAGAGAAUGUUUCCAUAGCAAUGGGAAAAGCCGCGCGACGGUCAGUUGCGUCAGAUCCGUCGUCGCCGACCUUACCCUACCACUACCAACAAGAGCAGCAGCAGCAACAUCAACAACACCACCAACGGCAAGUGCACCCGCAAGAGCACUUGUACUAUCCCUCGUCCCUAUCCUACUCCUCCUACACGCCUUCAUCGCCGUCCUCGCCGUCGUCAGCGUACGCGGACUCCUUCACCGGUGCUAGCUACCCGGUACCGUCGCUCGCCUUCUCCUCCACCCCUGCCGGUCCACAGCUGCAAGCACCAAGAACCGCAACGCUCCAGUCGGGUCCGCCGGUAUUCGGUUCCUCGUCGCUAGCACCGGCCGGAUCAGCAGAGCCCGGGUCCGGUGCGAACGAUCUGUUCAUCCAUUCGUCUACCGCGGCCACACCCAACAGCAAUAUCACACCGGAGUUUAGUCCUACGCCGCAAACCAGCAGCCCCGUUACAUACGCUACCAGUCGCGGCAGUAGCACCGAACCCGGCAAGACCGGACCCCCGGUUACCGAGCCUAUCCAACCCACCCAAGCCACCCUGUUACCGUCGUUUCGUCUCUCCAGCAACCAAACGCAGGUCGACCGGGAACGGGAACGGCUCAGGAUGGAGUUUUACGCCACGUACGACGUGAUGACCGGCGUCCGGAUAGCGGCCACGCUCGGCGGUUUCUUCGGCCUAAUGGUGUUCCUUGUCAUCUACAAGAGCCGCACGCGGUCGACGGCCAAAGCACUCAAGGAUCCAACGAUAGCGGCCGUCGCGGCAGCCGUCAUCCAGGAGGAGGAAGAACGUGAGCUACAGGAAGCGAUAGAAGCGACCGCAUUCUCGUUACUACAGGAAGAGCUAAACAUCAACUACCCCGGGCUGCAGCGCGAUCGGUUACUAUCGCUCGGCAACAUUAGUGCACCGCCGAUGCUGAGCCGUGGCCGUCGUAUGUCCUCGAUCAGUGGCGGUUACAGCAGCCUGCUCAAUCCUUCACGACGCUUCUCGUACAGCAGUACGCGGGGACAUCGGAACAGUGUUUCGGUGUCCUCGCGGGUACUCAGUGCCUACAACAUGGGUGGCAGCUUCGGGCAGGACGAUUACGUGCUCGAGAGUGACGGCGAGGAGGCGGACGACGCGUUUGACCAGUUUACGACGACCGCCGAGAUUGGAUAUCCGAGCAAUUAUCUUUCUGUGCCGAAUAAGUGCAACGAAUCUCGCCGCAGCAGUGCGAUGACGUGCUGCAGUACGGAGAGUUCCUUCCUCGAGCGACGAUGCUCCGCCAUCACGCUCGGCCUUUCCUCCUUACCACCGAUAUCGCGUUCGCCGUCGAGGCAGCAGAGCCGCGACGACACGACCGACUGGGAACCGUUCUAUCCCGGCAUCAACAUCAUCGAAGCGACACCGAAGUCGUCGCCAUGUCCAAGCGAACGUAUUGCGCACCGAACGCACGGUACGAAUUCGGAACGCCCGUCUACCAGUCGGGGCAGCCGGACGGGACAGCUGCUCACUCCACAACCUUCAACGUCGGGUGGCGGCCCGCGGAUAAUCACCGCCCCGCUGUUCGAUGACAGUUCGAUCGACUGCAUCUCGGAGUAUCCGAUCGGGAGCACUCUGGAGGACGGCUUCGGGUACCGUCAGCGGCAACAGCCAACGACCCGUCACUACGGUAACGGACGAUCGGAUGAGGUUAGUUUAGCGAACGGAGGUGUCCUACACCAGCCAAGAACGGUUAGCGUUGCGGAAGGUCGCAACGCCACCGUACACACUAAUACCAGUAGUAAUAGCGCAAAUAUUAAUCACGCGAGCGGCAGUGGCACGGUACGUCGUGCUCCGCUAGCAUCGCUCAGUUCCUUCAAGAUGUCCUCGAUCGACUGUCAGGAUACGGAGCCGAAGAGCUGUGGGUCGGAUUCGGUGUUUGGGGAGGAUAGUGGGGCGGAUACGGACGAGGAUCUGCAGCAGUUCAGCACGGAUAGUGACGAGCUGAGCUUAACGAUGCCGUACGAAGACGAUGAAGAUCAGCAGCGGGUACAGCGGGUGGGUCCAAGCCGUGGCUCCCUCUACCGUCGACAGUCAACGCUUGCGCAGGGUGACGAGGAGGAGGAUGGGGACGACGGGACACUUUUACCACGGGACGAUGCACGGCCGCCCGAGCCACUGUCCGUGUACGAGCUCGAGCACGAGCUCAACGAUCGGCAGCAUCAGGUGCAUCAGGUGCCGACAACCGAUACUAGUUAUUUAAGUAGUCUUUCAAUUAGCCAUCGCUCCGGCACCAAGGCCGGGGCGGGCUCGCGGUCAAGCGAACGGGGUGGACCGGGCGUGGGGAAACGCAUCGAAACGAAAGCAAUCAUCGAAAGACAGCAACCAAAUGACAGCAAUCAACCAAGGCAAUCACCGCUCGGGGCCAUACCGAAGGUACCGCCGCACGAGUCGGACCGGAAGCGAGCGAUGUUGCAGACGAGGACACCAACAACGAUCACCACAACAACGGUGCCACCAACCGUUACGGUGCACCUGCCGGAUGACGAUCGACCGGCCGGUAGCAGUAGCAGUAGACGUAGCGAACCUAACCCGACCAGCACCCGGCCCGGGAGUGCUGACGUGACGCGACAGCAGCAGUGCGUUGAGGUGAACGUUAUCAUUAAGAACAGUAGCAGCGGUAACAGCAGCAACAACACCACCAUUAAAAGUCCUUCUGUGAUUCUGGAACUUCCGAUACUGGCGAUCGACGAGGACGAGGAUCCGUCCUCGUCCGCACCGGCCCUGUCGGCGAACGAUCCCUGCAUUCCCGGACCCUCGAGAAAGUGGUCCAAGGAGACACUCUUCUAGUCAAGGGGCACGCUUCUGCACUUCUCCGUUUCUGCUCACCUCACACCGAUCGAUCUGUCAAUCCGUCCAGAACAACUCCAAGCUCCCUUCACUGUCGUACGUGCCAUCUUCUUUAACUCGAAGCAACUACCACAUCUCCAACCCCCCUGCGAUAUUGAAGAAGUUGGCGGAAUUGUUGAGAAAAUCCUCCCCACGCGAACUGCUGCUACCACUACGAGUCCGAGUCGCAACCAUGUAGUGACGUUACACUGUUAUUGAUCGGUUGAUUUGUUGUUGAUGUUAGUAGAGGGCGGUUGGCUUAGGUAGUACGUCAUGAGCGAACUGUCACCGCUGCUGUCCAACUUUCAAGGUCCAACCCGAUGCGCUCUGUAGAUAGUAGAGACACUGAUAUUGACAGGUCAAUCCCAUGUCUGUCACAUUUAGCGAUAACGACUUUCUCCCCCAUACUCUCACUCACACACACACACACACACAUACAGCACAUCACACUCACAACCCAUCUUCAAUCUCUAAUGGACCAAAAGAAAAAACCGUGGAACGAUAUAUUUAGGAAACAAAUGGAAAUGAAACGCGCAAUUGAUUCUCUCGUGACAAUAUCCCGUCCCGCGCAAAGCGUACAGCGGUGACGGUGUGACAGGACAUUCCUUCCAACGAAUUGGGAAAAACAGAAACUCAAAACCCAAAUUCUUCACCGAUUGAAGCAUAACGAUUUGAACAGUUCUAGUGUUCCGCUUCCGACUGGUAGGGAAGUCGUCGACCAAGCUGCCAAAACUGAGUUUUCUCGUUCUCCAUUUCUUUGAGGCUUCAUUUUCUACUCGCAGUCUAAGCGCGAAAACAAUAAGGUAAAUGCAAAAUUAAUUAAUAAUAACACAACUGUCGCCGUGGGAUCGAAUGUUGCAAAUAUGUGCCUAUUGAAGAAGUGUUCCGUGGUGUCCCCGAUACGGUAUGAAAAUUUCGACCCAAACUCACCCUCAACUCAAACCCAACAAAGCUGUAACUAUUAUACACAAAAGCCAACCCUUUCAUCUAGAUUAGUCACAUAGUCCACUAGAAACGCUAACUAGAGCGCAAACUGUCUGUAACUAGGUAUCGAUAGUGAGAAUCAAACUACAACAGGUCAACGAGCUACACAAUCUCUACACCUGAGCAACUACAAACCUUCUUUCUUCUAUGCAGAAUGGUGCGAAUAGUAAUCAGCGAGAGGGAAAACACAAGGUGAUUAGACGAAAACUCUUGCCAGAUGAGCCAGGUGGGAUGGCGAAGUCAAAAAUCGACAUCCGAGAAAGCAAUCAGUAGUUACCAAUGCUCUUACUCUUGGUGAAGCGUGUCCUGAUGUCGUGCUACAAUGUACAGGUGUUUCUUCGGUUCGAGCGACACGCCAGCACCAAGAUGUACACCGUGAAAAUGGCGAAAAAUUAUGCAAAAUUCGAAAUAACCGUUGUGUGUGCUCGACUACUCUUCUUUUCGCAUUUCUGUUGCUCCACUUGCCAGAAGCCAUCGUUAGACGAUCAUUUUCACCCAUAAGCACUUAUUUUACUGCUCAUUUACCCUUACCGGGAGCCGGGUUUUUUUCGACGCCAACAUGGUCGCGGUUUUACUUGUCCCAUACAAUGUUAUCGCGAUUCUGUUGACCUACCAAAAACGACUCCAAAUUGGUGCUUUACCUCGGUAAGGUGUGAAAGAAGCGAAAGCUAAGAAAAAAGUGCUCCGUAAAUGUUUAACCGAAAUUGUGAAAUGAAAACCCGUGACCCGGAUUGUGGGAUAGGAAUUGAAAAACUCACCCCACCCCCGACAAAGAACCAAGACCAACUGCGAUUCAAGAGAAAGCCGAAAGAAAGUUACAUCGAAACCGAAGCUCAUCAGAAAGCCUUGACGCAAUUUAAAUAUUCAUGAGCUUCUGAAUGCCACACGGAAUCAGGUAGCAGACGGGUAGGAAGGCCCCAGAAAUCUGGCUCAAAAGAUGGGUUUCCAGUGAGUGUCUUUCACCGUGCCGGAAAUGUAACUUGCAACGAGCGAACGAAUCGGAGAACGGUGCAACAACAAUCACAGAAAGCAUGUGAUCGAAAAUAGGAUUCAGGAAACAAAAACCUCUCGCCGUGAGCAACUGAGCCUUGAAGUACGCGUAGGUGAUGUGGAGAACUGUGCGCUCCAGAACCUGUAGAACUUCAUUCAGCAGCAUUCCUUCACUGUGGCAUCAACGACACCGAAAGUAUGCAAUUUCGUGGAAUUUUCUCUCAACUUUCCUCAGAAGUUCCAGGCUUGGCUUUCGCUUUGCUCUUACGCGCGAAAGGAAACUCGUGAGCGGAAAGGAAAAGUUAAUCACAAUAUUUUCGUGUAACUGUUGAUAGCGUGGUAAAUCAUCAUUUCCGGAAGGCGGGUAAUUGAAAAUUAAAUUGUGCUCAUGGUUUUUAGCACCCUUUGCUGACACGGGGUAACGAGCGUCCCGGCUUUGACUUCUUGGAAGGGCGCGGAUAUGCGUCCCAUCAGGAAGACUUCAACAAGGACGAACAUUAUUUUUUGAUUACUUCAGCGUCAGGUGAAGUGCUUUGGAUAACAUGAGUUGGCAUGUGUUUGGAUAAUCCCGCACAGGGAUUGGAGAUGUGUGGAGCACACUUGUUGAACCAGUUAAGGUGUUUAUAAGGCUAUUAUGAAAUAGAGUUAAAAGAUGGCUUUUUUCGUGUUUAUUGAGCAAUUUUACAUUUAACCUACUCAAUUUUUAUAUUUUAAAAUAUUUUUUAUGAAACUUUGUAAAGCUUAACGAGGUCCCCAAAUAUUUUUAAAAGCAACAAUUAAACUGAUAUAAAUUAAAAACAAAUCAAAAGGAUUGCUCUCGCAACGAAGUGAAACGAAGUGAAACGAAGGCAAAAAAUAGUUAGAAAAAGUGAGUAACAAAAGUGAGAAGAACGGGAUUGAAAAAAAUCAGAUAAAAGAAGGAUAUAAAACUCUCGAUAAAAAUUAAACACAACACAAAAAUCUAGAAACUAAACUAAAAGAAAUAUAAAAAACUACAAAAAACUAAACAAUCAACCAAACCAAUCAAUCAAUCAACAUCAAUCGUAAGGUAAAGACUAAGAGGAUAAGUAUUUUACAGACUCGCCGUCACACGCCUCUCACACACACACACACCUAGAAGACAUCACGCCAGAACUCUCUAGUCCCGGAUGUAGGAAUGUAAACUAAUAGCCACAACACAAAAAAACAAGCAAAUAAACUCGGUGUACUAUACACUAUAUUCUAUGUUGCCUUCGGAGUUGAACUGUGAAAGACCAAAUCUGUUUUAAACUGAGCUAGGUUUAAUGUUGCGUGCGUGUGUAUAAAUGUGCGUAUGCGAACUAUAUGCGUGUGUUGGAAAAUUAAAAAAAAAGUUAAAGCAAUCUUAAGGAAACAACACAAUCUCAAACACAGGUGCUGGAAUCAAAGAGAAGCAGUAGAAGAAGCUACUACAGUAACGAUCGAUAAUCAGAAUGUCAAUUUCGAGCACACACAAAAAAAACCACAACCAAAACAAACGAAAAACAAUCUUAUUUUACGUCAAAACGUUUAGAACCUUAGAUCCAGUAGCUGUUUAUAGAAAGGGAGGUUAGUUGGUUACUACGGCUACUACGUGACGUGACGCGUAUUACUACCACUGACUGUACACACUGUAGUAGCUGUAUACUUCCAAUCGAACUACAUCUGGCGUUCGGCGCAUCUAAUUGUGAUUUGAAUAGGGACACUUCGGACAAAGCGCGGUCUCGAACGGGUAGCAAACUGUGACAGCUGUGUCACCCACAAUUAGUAUUAGUAGCUUGGUGAAUGCAUGCACUCGGUUUCUCUCCUCGGUGGUAGUCGUGUCGGCAAAUGUCUAGGCUGUUGCAUUAUGCUCUCAACCAAUGCAGAAGAAGAAACAGCUAGUGUGGAUAAACGUUGUUGAGAAUUUAAAUAGGAAAAACCAGAAAAAACUAGCAUUGGACAACUCUAAUUAAAAACAAAACAAACAAAUGACAGAAGAUGAGCAUGGUGAAUGUGUUUAUAGACGUGGAUUGACUGCUACACGAACGCGCUAGAAGCCGGCUCAAAUGGCAUGUUGCUGUCAGCGCAACUGUGCACGCUUUGUUUUAGUUUUCUAGAGCUCUCGUUUCUUUUUCUUGUUAUAUAUCAUUAAAACCCCCGAUUCUUAGUAAAGUAUUUCAUUUCCAUGAAAUUUUUACUUUGUAAAUCUAGAUAAUGUUUUUGUGAGAUGCAAAGCAAAAAAAAAUCUUUUUUCAGCUCAUUUUUGCAAACGUUUCGAGCUAGGUGCUGGUGAUAAGAGUGUUUUCAAAUUUGUUAACUGCUUCAAACGCGACGCGAUUGAUAUUUAGCUAGAAUUCGUAAACAUAACUUAGAAUUGAAAUCUCGGAAGACAGAAGCCAAACAGGACACUAGGAGUGGUUCAAAUAAAGUAAUCUAAAAAUGGAACGCGGUUUAUUUUACAGAAAAAGAAAUUAAAACAAAAGGCUUCGGAAGCAAAUGAAAGCAGCAAACGAAUGAAAAAGAAUUAGAAAAGUAGUGCAAACCGCACAUUCAAAUCAAAACUGUAUUGCAAAACAUUACCAAACCGAAACACACGCAUACACCGAUGAUUGGAGCGAAAAGAAUUAAAACAAAACAAACCAACAUAUAAAUAAAUCAAUGCAUUAGCUUUAAAUAGAGUAUAGGGUAACGAAACAUAACACUGUGGCAAAUGCUUGACUAACUAGGCUUGCGUGCGAACCUUUGAAAGUGAUGCGAAUAGUACGACGGAUAGACGAUAAUUACUACAGUAAAUAGGAGAGCUCGAAAUUUUCGCAAUGGAGCACCCCUGAAGAGCAUUCAACUGGUUGAGCUGCGUGUCUUAGACAAGGAUUUGUGAUAGAACGACUCAAUUUUGUUUGUCUAAUAGUGUUCGUGUCCUCGUGUAGCGCUGCCGCCUCUAUCUACUACCGAUCGAUACUGGGAUACUGCUCGAAAAGUCAAACCAAACUCUGACAUAUAUAUAUACCUCUUGUGCCGGACUUGCUGUACACCAGAAACAUACACACACUAUUGCUCCGCUCUCCCAAGUUAACCCCGAACCCUAGAAAGCGUAAUUCAUGGAAAGGAAGUCCAGCGAAAUCCAUUUUAAGUCGUAGUAAAACACUUCACCUAUUACUUCUAUACAGGUUGUCCAGAACAGGUUGAACAGAGUACGCAAGGGCUCACUCAUAUAGCGAAGCUCAACUCCCAUAUACAGUUAAAAAAAAAAGUUCAGAGUUUAGUAAACCCGGAUUAGAGUAUUCAAAUCGAUGUAAAGCGGUAUUAAACAUAUCUAGGCCCAGGAAAUAAAAUAGAACUGAAACCGAGUGAAUUGCAAAUUUACAAACAAACAAUAUUACUUCAUGUCUGAUGAGCUAAAGAAAAACAAAAGCAAAAACCGAACAAACGAAAAAAACAAAAGAAGAAGCAUUAAGUAAAGAAAUUGUUAUACACGUGUUAUAAUAAUGGAAAAGUAAGUCAUUACUACAUGACAUGACAGUUCCGAGUUCAGUUUUGAAUCAGAAUAAACAAAUAGAAGGCAAAACAACUCUCGCAAACAAUAUGGAAAAGAGACACAAUAGGUAAUAAACAUUGUUGCAUAGGUCAGACAUUUUAAAACGCAUAGCCUGCUUCUACCUUUUCUAGCUCUUCUGUUGCUAUCAUUUAAACGCUUACUGUGCCGGAGCUCAAGCUGUCUCCCUCUCUCGCUCGUUCUAGUUGCGGUACGUCCGCAGCGGAAAAGAUUAGUUUAGAAACGUUGCAAUUACGCGUAGGAACCAAAACAAUGUGUAAAGAACUUAGCACUAAAUUGUAACCACACACAACUGAGCUUACAAUCCGUCAGAAAGAGUCCGAGAGAGAGAGAGGGAGAGAGAGGGAAAACGAUAUAAACAAAACACAGAUAAAUACUUCUCCAGGCCAGUCGUAAGCUGUCAUAUAUCUCUGGAGAGGUAGCUGGCCAGGAACUCUUAGUAGCCAGCGGUUACUAACAAGGCGUUUGGUAUGUUAACGAAUUAUUAGUUUUAAGAGGCAGCGUUUAGCAACACAAUCAAUUGUUAUAGGCUCCCUUUUUGCGUUAAGCGGCAUCAGUCGCUUAGUGCUCUGAACCACGCGAGUUACGGUGGGCAGAUAGUAAACGUCGUUUGUUACUUGUACGAAGCUUACGAAGCAGCCAUGUUAGACGAAAACAAUUAGACGCUCAGUAAAGCAAAAAAAACUCAAAAUAUCCAUGCUACCAACAGGCCACAGAGACACAUCUUCUUUAUAAAAGCUUGUAAAACCAAAAAUCGUUAUUGCAUAGGAUAAAACGAGAACAGUGUAACAAAAUUCCACAAACACUCAACAACACUCCAUUAAAUAGUGUCCUGUUGUAGUAGCAGACGAACCGAUGCAACCAACAACAAGGAAAUGAGAGGAGGAAAAAACUCAAACACACACACACACACACUAAUUGUUUAGCCGUUGAACACAUUCAAGAGUAACUAACAUAAAUCCGGAUGUUUAUAUUAGUACGUUAAUUAGCAAUUGUGUAAUCAUUACUGGAAAGAAGAGGUGGAGAGGGGGUGUUAGCUUACGUACAUCCAACGCAAGAAAGAGAAGAAAUUGUUGAGCCAAAAGAAAAGAGAACAAAAUAGAGGGAGGGAGAAAACAUCGAUUUGAGCCCCUGAAUUGAAGCUAUCAUUAAGUAGUGCUAAACAAUUUGCCAGAAUUUGUGCAUGAAAGAAAACAAAGAAAAAAAUAAAACAAGGAACGAUGGAGCGGCAAAGUAUAAUUCAAUAAAUAAUUUUAGGAUUUGCAUGUAGCGCGCGAUACCAACGGAAAUCAACAAUCAAACAAAAAAUUGCAUGCAUACAUCAAAACUAGCACAAACAAACAACAACAAAAAGAACAAUGAAAGAAAAAUGGAAACGGAAGAGAGGAAGCUAGUUCAUAAAAUAAAAAUAAUAAAAAAAAUAAUUAUAAACAAAUAAUAUUGAUAUUGAGAUAUAAUAACAGUAGGAUUGCAUAGAAUACGCCGAAGCGAACAAAAAUUGACACCCACACACAAAGGAAAAAGGGAGACAAACAAAACAAAAAACAAAACCACACAGAUCCAAGUUGUUUAACUUAAUACUUAGUGCUGUAUAAAUUGUAUAAAAAAUGGCGACAAAAAAAGGAAAACAAAAAGAAAACCCACUUUAAGUUUCAAACGUUAGCAUUAGGUAACGGUGGAAUCGCGGAGACGGGGAAGCGAGCCAAUAAAAUGUAGCGAAUGAAUGUGCGAAUGGCAGACGUCAAUAAAUGCAUAAGCGAGGGAAUGUGGGCAAAGGAAGGGAAACGUAAGGAAACGCGGACAUGAGUUGGACCGUACAGAAUGUGUUACAAAUUGAUAUGUGAAAAAUAAAAGCGCAAAGAUGAUGAAA